ACAACUGUCAUUCGGUCAGCGUCCCCUCUGCCGCCAUUAUUAUCGUAAUUUCCUUGCGAAAUUGCGGUAUAAAUCGCUAAAUAUCCCCUCAACUUUUUGAUAAUCUCGUGAUUUUGAUAGACUAUUUGUCCUUAAAGUCUCCAAUAUGUCUAUCGGUGUGCCUAUUAAAGUACUUCACGAAGCCGAAGGUCACGUAGUGACCUGCGAAACGAAUACCGGUGAAGUAUACCGGGGGAAGCUAAUCGAGGCUGAAGACAACAUGAACUGCACGAUGACGCAGGUGACGGUGACUUACCGCGACGGCCGCGUCGCUCAGCUGGAGAACGUGUACAUCCGGGGCUCGAAGAUCCGCUUCCUCAUCCUGCCCGACAUGCUGAAGAAUGCGCCGAUGUUUAAGCGGCAAGGGAACAAGCCGACGGCAGGACGCGGGAAGAGCGCUAUACUAAGGGCACAAGCUGCAGGCCGAGGUAGACCGGGCGGGAGAGGCGGCGGGCACCGCGGAGGCUGGCAAGGUGGCUCCGGGCCUUCGAGACGUUAGUCCACACUCACCAUACAGUAGGCUAGGCUAGACUAAGUUUUAUUAUUCUUCUGCAGGCUCACUGCCGCACCUUGUAUGUAAGUUACAUAAUACACUAUUGCCAAUGAAUCAGCAUUUUAUUGGCAGUUGUACUGUCUGAGGAUACUUUUAGUUUAUUUUGUUGUGA